AAUUUAAUAACAGUUGGGAGUUCAGGGAUGAUAAAAGGCGGCGUCGGAAGAUUGUUAAGGAGAGUCUCUCCUCCUCAAGCUUACCAAUCCUUCACCGGGAAUUCUACAAUCACUUUGCGUCUAAUCUCUCGCCGCUUCAUCUUCGCUCCGUUGGUGACAGCAAAUCCUUCGUUUUUGGUUAACAGACGUCGAGAUUUUGCAGGUUCUUCCCAUCUUGAGUUGUUGACAUCUUCUUUGCUUCCUCAAAAAUGGACCAAUUUCAUAGGGCAGAGCAGAACCAUGUUUAUUCAAACUCAAUCCACUCCCAAUCCUUCUUCACUGAUGUUUUAUCCUGGGAAGUCGGUUAUGUAUGUGGGUAGUGCUGAUUUCCCCAAUGCUCAUUCUGCUAUGAAUUCUCCAUUGGCAAAAGACUUGUUCGGCAUUGAUGGUGUUACUAGAGUUUUCUUUGGAUCUGAUUUUGUAACUGUGACAAAAUCAGAUGAUUUCUUCUGGGAUCUCCUCAAGCCUGAAAUUUUUGCAGCAAUUAUGGACUUUAAUUCUUCUGGGCAGCAGCUGUUUCUGGACUCAAAAACUGCAGCAGCCAUGGACACUGCUAUUCGUGAAGAUGACUCGGAAACUGUUGCAAUGAUCAAAGAGCUGCUGGAAACUCGUAUUCGGCCAGCAGUACAAGAUGAUGGUGGAGACAUAGAGUAUCGAGGAUUUGAUCUAGACACUGGAAUUGUCAAAUUGAGGAUGCAAGGAGCAUGUAGUGGCUGCCCGAGCUCAUCUGUCACUUUGAAAUCUGGCAUUGAAAAUAUGCUGAUGCAUUAUGUACCCAAGGACUGGCAGCUACCUCCCCCUUAAAACUACCUUCAUAUUUUCCAAUAGGUAAUCUUGAAUUGCAUUCCUCAAAUUAUAACGAUUGCUUGAAAGUAAAAUGUUGAGAAAAUGAGAAAAUUGUGGAUCACUCAUAUGGCCUUCUGCCUUAAGCAAGAAUUGCAUCAUCAUCAAUCUCUUGGUCUUCACGCAUGCUUGGACAUGCACUUAUCAUGACAGGAUUAGAAAAUACCAAUGGCAUUUUCUUGAUCUGGAGACCCAACAAAAUUCAAUGAAAUGCAUUUCGGAAUUCAAAACAAUACUGUUUUGCAAGAUCUAAUGGCCCCUAGGUGUAACAAGAAAAGUAGGCCUUCUCACACUUGUUAGGUAGCAAGUUCUGUUGUUAGCGCUAGUGUCAUCCUUACCCACUCUAAUUUUAAUAUUGAUAGUUUGGCAAGACAUGCUUAUUGAUAAGUGGGUGUUUCUUUACCCCUAUUUGUUUUGUUUACUUGUAUGGAGAUUAUUCUGAAACAGGUCAAAGGCGUAGAGCAGGAUUUAGAUGCUGAAGAUGAGGAGGCAGCAUUAAGUGGCCGGAUGGAGUAACGAAAUACAUGGCCCUGUUCAUCAUUUACUAAUUUACUAAUCCGAUAUGCAGUAGUGUCAGUAACUUCCUGUACAGGAGCAAAUAAAUUUUGCUGAUUACUUCAUUUUGUAUGUGUUGGAGGAGCAUCGUGUUUAUUCAUGUAAUUAGUUGCAACAUCCAAUUAUGUGUAUGAGUUGACGUUGGAUGUACAAACAUUGUACUAAUCUUGGAAGAUUGAACACUGUCAGCCAUGCUUGCAGUCUAUUUA